AUGCGAGGCCUCCUGGAACGCCUGACUGACCCCGAUGACGCAGAGAUGCAGGAACUGCGCCGUAUGUUCAUCUUCAAGAUCGUUCCGCUCCUCAACCCGGAUGGCGUCAUCUGUGGCAAUCAUCGAUGCUCCCUGGCUGCGAGGGACCUGAACCGCCAGUGGAUAAAUCCUUCGUCCACGCUCCAUCCAACCAUCUACCACACAAAGUGCCUCAUCAACCUCCUCGCCGAGGCCGGUAACACACCCUUCGUACGUAAUUCUACGCAUGUUGAGUGGCCUUUUUUGAAAGUUCCUUUGACUACUGCUGUGUCCUGGUAG